CGAAAAAUUGUAAGCAGCAAUCAACAGCAAACUGGGCAACACAAGAAGCGCAGCCACACAAAAAAAAAUAAAAUAAUAAUAAUCAUAAUAAUUAUAGAAUAACAAAAAUACCUAGUGAAUUUCUCAACGUGUGUGAUUUAUAGAAUAAAAGUGCGAAAAGUUAGAUAAAUAUAUUUGUUAGCGGCUGCUUCAAUAUACUAAGAACAACAAUUAGCAUUUAAAAACGCAACCAAUAUUUUUUUAUAUACGAUUUACGAGCAUCCCUUUCGAUAAAACUUAAAAAGCCCGCCGCCAACAGCGUUAUUUUUUUGUAGCUACCUUUCGCUCUAACUAACUAGCACAAAAGCGAAAACAACAACAACUACAAAGAUGUUUGCAUUGUGGUAUCUGACAUUUGCCGUCGACGAAAUACGAAAACGAUUGGUUUGGCUUUUUAGUUCCAAUAAGCCAGCGAACAAAGCGAUAGAAAACAAACCGGAACCAAAGGCGACUCCUGCACCUGCACCUGCUGUUGCACCCACACCUGUAGUUGCACCCAAACCUGCUCCUGCUCCUGCUCCUGCAUCCAAGCCGGUUGCUAAGCCCAGCACGCCGGAGCCCUCGCCACCGCCGAAGCCAGCGCCAGCAGCAGCAGCAGUUGCUCCAGCAACUCCGCCCAAGCCUGCCACUCCAGCGCCAGCCAAGCCAGCAGUUCCAGCUACAGCUCCCGCUGUUGUUGCACCCAAGCCAGCAACACCUACUCCAGCAGCUACACCUGCAGCUACACCUCCUGCAGCUACACUUCCUGCAGCUACACUUCCUGCAGCUACACCUCCUGCAGCUACACCUCCUGCAACUCCACCGAAAGCGGCAGUUGCAAGCGCAGGCGACAAGAUGCCAAUCCCAUUGCCCAAAUCGCUGACCGAGGCCAAUACCAAUGGCAACGCAACCAAUGGCAACGGCGUCAUUCACGAUGACCUGGACAAGAAGCUCUUCGAUGCCCAGCUGCCGGCCAGCAAGUUGCCUAAAAUCGAUAAGGAUGCCAGCCAGAGCUUCAUCAAAGGCGAGGCGAAUGCCUUUGUGCAGUCCAUCAAGGAAGCACAGCAGGCGGGCACACGCAAACAAGACACCAUGGUUGACGCUGCUGUUCUCGCUAAACUGGAGGAGGGUUAUGCCAAGUUGGCUGCCUCCGACUCGAAGUCGCUGUUGAAGAAGUACCUGACCAAGGCGAUGUUCGAUAAUCUAAAGAACAAGGUGACACCGACCUUCAAGUCGACCCUCCUCGAUGUGAUCCAGUCUGGUUUGGAGAAUCACGACUCUGGCUGCGGCAUCUAUGCACCCGAUGCUGAGGCCUAUGGCGUGUUCGCCGAUCUGUUCGAUCCCAUCAUCGAGGAUUACCAUGGUGGCUUCAAGAAGACCGACAAGCAUCCGGCCUCCGAUUUUGGUGAUGUGACCACCUUCGGCAACGUUGAUCCCACCAACGAGUAUGUGAUCUCGACUCGUGUCCGUUGCGGUCGCUCCAUGCAGGGUUAUCCCUUCAACCCCUGCCUAACUGAGGCCCAGUACAAGGAGAUGGAGUCCAAGGUCAGCAGCACCUUGUCCGGCCUUGAGGGUGAGCUGAAGGGCAAAUUCUAUCCCCUCACCGGCAUGGAGAAGGCCGUCCAGCAGCAGCUGAUCGAUGAUCACUUCCUGUUCAAGGAGGGCGAUCGUUUCCUGCAGGCAGCCAACGCUUGCCGCUACUGGCCAUCUGGUCGUGGUAUCUAUCACAACGACAACAAGACCUUCCUGGUCUGGUGCAAUGAGGAGGAUCAUUUGCGCAUCAUCUCCAUGCAGCAGGGUGGUGAUCUCGGCGAGAUCUAUCGUCGUCUGACCACCGCCGUCAAUGAGAUCGAGAAGCGUGUGCCAUUCAGCCACGAUGAUCGUCUUGGUUUCUUGACCUUCUGCCCCACCAAUUUGGGCACAACCAUUCGUGCCUCGGUGCACAUUAAGGUGCCCAAGCUGGCCGCCAACAAGGCCAAGCUGGAGGAGGUCGCCGGCAAAUACAAUCUGCAGGUGCGCGGCACUCGUGGCGAGCACACCGAAGCCGAGGGCGGUGUCUAUGACAUCUCCAACAAGCGUCGCAUGGGUCUCACCGAAUACCAGGCCGUCAAGGAGAUGUACGAUGGCAUCACCGAGCUCAUCAAGCUCGAGAAGAGCCUGUAAGCUCGCUCUCCACUCACCAAAAGAAGCAGCAACUCCUCUGCCUCGGACUAAAAACAACAUCUCAGCGAGCCCGAUCAGACGGAGUCCAAUGCCAAUUAAUCAAUCAGUUGGAAAUUACUACUUCAGCUGCUCCUGUUUGCUUUAGUUUUGUAGUAGGAUUUUGUAGCGCUGCGGAGCCGGUGGGAGGCAAGCAGCGGGCGGUGGCAACAACAACUGCAGUUGGAGCUGCGGCACUCGGCAUUUGUCGUCUCUACUUUGGAGUGUCGUGGUCAAGUCAAGUAGAUUAACUGCUGCUGCUGCUGCUG